AUGGAUGAAAACCAGAAAACGACAACAGCUAAUGAAUGCUUAUCCCUCACUAUCUUCAUCAACUCAAGCACUGCGCGAGGAUUCGAACCCUUACCACCGCAAAAGCCUUCCAUGCCCAAAUCUUCAAGCUCGGCAUCCGGUGGGUUGCAUCCGGAUGAUUUCGUGUUCUCGGCUCUUGUGAAGGCCUGUGCUAACUUAGGAUCUAUCAAGCUCGGGAAGCAAGUUCAUUGCCGUUUUAUAGUCACUGAGUAUUCUCAUGACGAUGUUGUUAAGUCUUCACUUGUUGAUAUGUACGCCAAAUGCGAUUCACCCGAUGUUGCUAAAGUUGUUUUCGAUUCCAUAAGAUCGAAAAACACCAUCUCAUGGACCGCAAUGGUAUCUGGAUUCGCUAAAAGCGGAAGAAAGGAAGAGGCUUUGGAGCUUUUCAGGGCAUUACCAAUCAAGAAUCUGUAUUCUUGGACUGCUUUGAUCUCUGGUUUUGUACAGAGCGGUAAAGGGCUUGAAGCUUUCUCU